AAAUGGCUGGGUCAGGUAGAGGAAGAGGCCGUGCCGCGUUUACCUUCAACAUUGAGGCUAUUGGCUUUGCCAAAGGGGCCUCUCUGCCUGAGGUGGCAUGUAAGCCCCCACCCCUGUUCCCUAGUACAGAUAAUAAGCCAGUGCCCCUGAAAACAGGAGAAGAUGAAGAUUACAUGUUGGCCUUAAAACAAGAUCUUAGAGGAACUAUGAAAAAAAUGCCUUAUUUUUUGGCAGUAGAAGAAGAUCAUGAAGUAAUAGAAAGAUACAGUAAAAAGUACCUGGAGAUUGAAAAGCAGCGUGCAGCAUGGACCCAAGAUUGGCGAAGACUCCCAAGAGAGAUGAAGCCAAGCAAAAAGACCAAGAAAGCUUUCUUCUGCAGAAUUGUGAACCAGAUCCUUCAACAGCAGUUGGAGCUGGUAUUGGUUGUUCCUAAAGGAAAAAAAAAGACUUUUUUUUUUAUUAUGCAACGUCAUAAGUGUGUUUAUUUUUUCAAUGUGUUUUCUAGUAUGCAUGACUGUUAUUUUUUCUGUAGAAGUUUGUUGUUCUGUUGAUGUGAAACAACACUUGGACCCCUCUACUUAGCUGCCUGUUAUAUAUAACUGUUCACAUUCUUGUUCUUUUUGUCCAAGUCUUUUAUAAGUCAUUUUUCAAUUCAAGGAUAAAAUAGAAAAGGAAAAGUGAAUGUGCAGUAGUCAUGGAGACUGGCUCAGCUGGAAGCUUUGUUCCUUUUAAGAGCCUCAUUGAGAAGCAUGGUACUAAAGGUAGACUGCAAGAUUC